AUGACAGAUUAUGGGAGUAAGGACCCAGGCUUCUCUUCAGUGAUUCAUGACAAACUCCAGGUUCCCAAUACUAUUCGGAAGGCAUGGAAUGAGAAGGACAACAGAUGCGACGUUUGUGCCACACACUUGAACCAGCUGAAGCAAGAGGCCAUUCAGAUGGUGCUGACCUUAGAGCAGGCUGCCAACUCAGAACAUUACGAUGCCUCUCCAGGAUCCCCACCACCCCUCUCUAAUAUUCCCACACUAGUUGGUUCCCGGCAUGUGGGCAGCUUGCAGCCCAGGGACUGGGCAUACAUGCCUGCUCCUUACGCUACAUCUAAUUAUACAGGCUUUGUUGCCAACAAACACAGUGGAAAACCCAACAGUCUAGGAAUUGUUAAUGGGGUGGAGAAGAAAAAUGGCUCUCCUGGACACCAAGCCAAGGUCAGCUUUCAAAUGGCCACCAGCCCCAGCAAUGGUAACGUUCUCAAUUCUGUGGCUAUCCAAGCUCAUCAGUACCUCGAUGGCACUUGGUCUUUGUCGAGAACGAAUGGCGUUACUCUAUAUCCCUACCAAGUAAGUAGUUUUAAACAACAGUGCUUUUCCUCCCUCCCUACAGAAGCUUGCAGGGGCAUGUUAACACUGCUUGGUCCUGUUGAGGAGAAGUAGAGCCAUUCACAUACUAAGGACCGGAACAAGAAGGGUUUUAAAUUCUCUCUUACCUGGUAGGGAAUGGAAUUGUCAGAGACAGAGAUCAUGACCAAUAUUCAUUAGAACUAUUUUAUUAAUGCAACUGUUAUUAAUAAUAGAACCAAACUGUUGUUGUUAAUAACCAAUAACUAGUCACACAGUGCAUUCAUUUGUUCCUUCACUCAGAUCAUGCAUCUCAUUCAUAAUAUUUGGUUGGAGAUUGAGCUUAUGGCUGGGAGGCCAACCACACUUGUUUAUUUAUGGGAAGCAGUGCUGAUGUACCUGUACUUCUGGCUGGGUAUUCGUGAAGUAUUCAUAGUGUCUUUUUGGUUCGUCAUUUGCAUAUAUGGUCCUAUUGUCCUUGGGUAGCAGUUACCACAUGUGUUGAUGUAGCUCAAAGUUACCUACGUUCUUAUUUUUGCUAGUCUGUGCUGGUGGCCUUCUACAGAUUAAACUGAUUCUUGAUGUUUUGAUGUUUUAAGUUAUGAACCAACUAUAAGAUAGGUCCCUAAAUUAAUACUUAAAAGUUUCUUGGUAUGAGAGUGACUAACAUCACUGCCUGAAAUAAAACAAUGUUAUUCAUAAGCAUUAAGUUGUUGCUAUGCACCAAAGAAGAUGUGGUAAAACUAGUAGUGCAUUGGAAUUAUUUUACCUGGAAAAUAUGUGACUUUACAGGUUCACUAGAGCAUAGAUCCACAAAACUGAAUCACAUUUGGGCAGGUUUCUAUGUAAUCACAGUUUGAUCUAAGAA